UUUAUUUUCUAUUGCAUAUACACAUAUUUUAAAAUAAUUAAGGUGAGAUAAGUAUAUAGAAACCAUAGACCUAAGAAUUAUUAAUUCCUAAGUUCAUAACAGAGACAUGGAAAGUGUCCUAUCUCUAUUUUUUUUAUUCUAUGCCGAAAGAGAGUUCAAAGGAUGUAAACAAAAUAUUUGCCGCCAAAUUUUCCUUUAGUGUGUUGCACAAUUAUAUUUUCUUCUAAAAAUAUCAAAAAAUCAAGUUAUAAUGGAAGGAUUUGAUGAUCCAGGAAUAUUCUUUUCCGAUAACUUCUCAGUAGGUGAAUCUAAUGAGACGCGAACUAAUUUUCAACAUUCGAAGAAGAAGUUUAUGGAAUUUAUUAGACAAUUCCACGAGGGAAACUUUAAUUACAAAUAUAGAGAUAUUUUAAAACGUAAUUAUAAUUUGGGUCAAUAUUGGGUAGAAAUUAAUUUAGAAGAUCUGGCAGCUUUUGAUGAAUCACUCGCAGAAAAAGUUUACAAGCAUCCAACUGAAUAUUUACCUAUCUUGGAAGAAGCUGCAAAAGAUUUAGCGGAUGAACUUACAGCUCCAAGACCACCAGAUGAAGAAAAAGUUGAAGACAUACAAAUUUUAUUAUCUUCAGAUGCACAUCCAAGUUCCUUAAGAGGAAUCAAACCUGAUGCAGUUUCUAAACUUAUUAAAAUACCUGGUAUUAUUGUUUCUGCAUCUGGAAUUAGGGCAAAAGCAACAAAAAUUGCUAUACAAUGUCGUUCUUGUAGAAGCAUGCAAACUAAUAUUUCAAUUAAACCUGGUUUAGAAGGAUAUGUUUUGCCUAGGAAAUGUACAACAGAACAAGCAGGAAGGCCAAAAUGCCCUCUGGAUCCAUUUUUUAUAAUGCCAGAUAAAUGUCAUUGUGUUGAUUUUCAAGUUCUCAAACUACAAGAAUUGCCAGAUCAAAUUCCACAGGGUGAAAUGCCAAGACAUUUACAAUUGUAUUGCGAUCGCUAUUUAUGUGAUAGAAUUGUACCAGGCAAUAGAGUUCUCAUUUUGGGCAUAUAUUCAAUUAAGAAAGUUACUAAAACUACUGGUAAUAGAGGAAGAGAUAAAGCAUUAAUUGGUGUUCGAGCGCCAUAUAUGAGAGUUAUUGGUAUUUCUACAGAUGGAGAAAAUACAGGCAGUGGUAUUCAUUCAUGCUUUACAAAUGAAGAAGAAGAUUUAUUUAGACGUCUUGCUUCAGACACUAAUUUAUAUGAAAGAAUUGCAAGAAGUAUAGCUCCUAGCAUUUUUGGUGCAUUGGAUAUUAAAAAAGCUAUAGCUUGCCUAUUGUUUGGUGGUUCUAGAAAAAGAAUGCCUGAUGGACUUUGUAGGAGAGGAGACAUUAAUAUUUUAAUGUUAGGUGAUCCUGGUACAGCUAAAUCACAAUUAUUAAAAUUUGUAGAGAGAGUUGCACCAAUUGCAAUUUACACAUCUGGGAAAGGAAGUUCAGCAGCUGGUUUAACAGCAUCAGUCUUAAGAGAUCCAGUAACAAGGAAUUUUGUCAUGGAAGGAGGUGCUAUGGUUCUUGCAGAUGGUGGUGUUGUUUGCAUAGAUGAAUUUGAUAAAAUGAAAGAGGAUGAUAGAGUUGCAAUACAUGAAGCUAUGGAACAACAAACAAUAUCCAUUGCAAAAGCAGGAAUAACUACAACAUUAAAUACACGUUGUUCCGUUCUAGCAGCGGCAAAUUCGAUAUUUGGUCGUUGGGAUGAGAUAAAAGGAGAAGAAAAUAUUGAUUUUAUGCCAACAAUUUUAUCGCGUUUCGACAUGAUAUUUAUUGUUAAAGAUGAACAUGAGCAAAAUAAAGAUGUAACACUAGCAAAACAUGUAAUGAAUAUCCAUACCAAUGCUGGUCAAGUUACAGAACAAUUGGCGGAAGGAGAACUACCACUGCACAUUUUAAAAAAAUAUAUCCACUAUUGUAGAACUCGUUGUGGUCCAAGACUUAGUAAAGAGGCAGGAGAGAAAUUAAAACAUCGUUAUGUUGUAAUGCGAGCUAGUACCAGAGAACAUGAGAAAGAUAUGGAAAAGAGAUUAUCUAUUCCCAUAACAGUUCGUCAAUUGGAAGCUGUUAUAAGAAUUUCAGAAUCUUUAGCUAAAAUGCAAUUACAACCUUUCGCUACACAAAUCCACGUGAACGAAGCGCUUAGACUUUUCCAAGUAUCUACUUUAGAUGCUGCAAUGUCAGGGUCUUUAGCUGGUGCAGAAGGAUUUACCUCGGAUGAAGAUCAUGAAAUGUUAUCACGUAUCGAAAAACAAUUGAAACGUAGAUUUCCUAUUGGAAAUCAAGUAUCAGAGCAAAAUAUUGUUAAAGAUUUUGUAAAACAAGCAUAUCCAGAACGUGCUAUUUACAAAGUUAUACACACAAUGAUACGACGUGGAGAACUUCAGCAUCGUAUGCAACGUAAAAUGUUGUACAGAUUACACUGAAAUGACUGUAAUUCAUCCUUAAAUGGAUAAUGUGGAUGAUUCUCGACCCUAAAAGAAAUCAAAGGGAUUUUAUAUUUUUACAUUAUUUGGAAUGAAAUAUCUUUAAUAAAUAUAUUUACCCCUUAAAAAACAAGAAAUUAAAAAU